AUGUCUACUUCGCAAGAGAACAACACCAACGAUAGUCGUCCCCGCUCAGCUACAAGCCCCGUCUCUUCAAGUCAUGCCAGCAUGCCGUCGACAGGGAUCGACCGAAGCCGAUGUUAUAAUUUCACCGACGAACCAGGAUACUUUCGACCCGCAUCCCCGUUGAUCGACCGACAGUUCAUCGAAGAAGAUUUGGAGAUGAACAUCAAAUACGCAUGCACUCUACUCUCGCACAGCAUCGAACGAGGCAUCCCAUCAGGACCCUCCUAUGAAUCACAACAAUUUCCAAAACCACCAGCAGGGCCUACGGAUAUUGAGAAUUCCCGCGUUGAGCCGUUAUUGGGAGAGUCGCACACUCAAUUCGAUAAUUUAUUUCCAAGCAAAGGAAUGGAUCUCAGUACAGAAGCACGCAAGGACUCAGGAGUUGGUCUCAGCUUUCAGUCCUCAGGGAAGUCCGGAAAAGCCUAUCGGGCUAGCUUUUCGGGAACCGCUGGCACAAGCGCCAACAUGAGAUUCUAUGGGAACCGUGCCUCUAGUGGAUCGUACCAGGUUCCAUCUUCCGAUAGAGGACGCUCGAGAGGACAAAGUGUCGAUGCGGAAAAAGUGUCGCGCUCUCGGUCUUCCAGUCCGUCGUUGUUCCCGUAUAGUCCUCCCCAGCUAGGCUGCCAAUGGACUGUGCCAGGACCGAUCUCCGUUGGAUUCAAUGCUAGGGAACCCGAGGCUGCCCGUGAGUUUAAAGAAACAACUCCGUUUUUCGAGGACCUCGAAGCAAACCUCGGCGCAGCAGGAAUGACCUGGUUAUGCGCAAAUAUCGAGACCGAGGACGACGAGAGCAGCAUCCCUUUCCCAGCCGUCGAAACGGAGUAUACGCCACGAACCAGCGCAGACAAGCUGGAACCCAUUUCCCGCACUGGAUUCGGACCUGCCCGCAAUCGUUUCUACAGCGCUCGCUGGUCCCAUUCAAGCGCAAUGGGGGUGCCCGAAACCUCAGGACGAGACACUUGGUACAGCCGCGAUUCGAGUAUAUCCCGAAGUCCAUCAUCCGCACGAAGCUUCUCCCCCGCAAACGCGCAAGGAAAACAAGAUUGGUCUCCUCGCUACGUUCCUCCCGACCAGGGCUGGCCUGACCGGAAAUUCUCUGGUACCUACCACACAGACCUUCUUAAGCACCAUGAGACAGUCUAUUCGGCUAUCCCUACAGACGAUCAACCGCGUAACCGGCGCAGAAGAGCUUCGAAUUUACUGAAAAAAUUGACUGGUCUUGGGCGGAGGAAGGCGUCAGAUCCGAUUGAAAGGGGAAGAACUCCUCAGCGGGCUAUGCAGACUUGUGCGUAA